CCAUCGCACACGCUGCUGACAGUUCAAAAGUUGCUUUUUCGCGGACCAAACCAGGCAGUGUUUCCGUGCACCGCAGGUUGUGUUUUUUCUCACUUGAUGCGUAGUUAAAGUUGCACGGUUACAAUCAUGAGCGUGAGUAAAACAAUCACCGAAACGGUUACCAGCAGCAAAACGGCAUCGGCUGUGAUCGCGGCCCAGGCACCAGGUGCUGCAGCUAGCACCUCACUGCCCGUGCAGCGCCCAUAUGGGAAGAUAGUGCUUACACUCGAAAACUGUCUGCUUCCGGAAGUGAAGCUCGAUCAAACCCCGUCCCAGAACGAUGGGCUCGAUCGGGAGACGGAAACGGAUCUGCGUAUCCUUGGCUGUGAGUUGAUCCAGACGGCUGGGAUUCUGCUCAAAUUGCCCCAGGUUGCCAUGGCGACUGGGCAGGUUCUGUUCCAGAGAUUCUUCUACUCGAAAUCGUUCGUGCGCCACAGCAUGGAGGCUACGGCGAUGAGCUGCAUCUGUCUGGCGUCCAAGAUCGAGGAAGCCCCACGACGGAUACGGGACGUGAUAAACGUCUUUCAUCAUAUCAAACAGGUCCGCAGCCAAAAGCCCAUGAUACCGAUGAUACUGGACCAGCACUACAUCAAUCUAAAAUCGCAGGUCAUCAAGGCGGAACGGCGUGUACUGAAGGAGCUCGGCUUCUGCGUGCACGUUAAGCAUCCGCACAAGCUGAUCGUGAUGUACCUGAAAUAUCUCGAGCUGGAAAAGCACCAGAACAUGAUGCAGAUGGCGUGGAACUUUAUGAACGAUUCGUUCCGAACGGACGUGUUUGUGCGCUACCAGCCGGAAACGAUCGCGUGCGCGUGCAUUUAUCUGACCGCGCGCAAGCACAACAUUCCACUGCCGAACAGUCCACCGUGGUUUGUGAUAUUUCGCGUCAGCGAGGACGACAUGCUGGACGUUUGCUUCCGCAUUAUGGCACUGUACAAGCGGGGCAAACCGAACGCGGAGCAGCUGGAGGAAGCGGUUGAAGCUUUAAAGAAGAAGUACCAGGAACAGCGCAAAAAGGAUCGCCCGGAGACUAAUGCGGCGGCGGCAGCGGUGACAGCACCGACCGUCAUAACGGUCGAUCGGAACAAUGGAUCGCACAACGCUUGGGGAGGUUUCAUUCAAAGAGCUAUGCCAUUGCCGUUGAACUCUUCGGGUAAUGCGGGCACAACAAACAGCUCCGGUAGCAAUGCGGCAGCAGGAACAGGUGGCGUUGCUAAUAGUGGAAGUAAUGCAAAUAGUAGCACCACCGGUAUAAAUAACAAUGAAUCCGAUGCAGGACAGUUGGCCGAUGGGAAAAAGUCACGUUCUCGAUCGAAAUCGCUAUCAAAAUCAUCCCGUUCGAAGUCCCGCUCACGCUCGGGAUCGCGUUCCGUGUCACGGUCCCGGUCUCCCGGUACGCGGUCCCGUUCGCGCACGUCCCAUUCACGCUCAAGGUCCAAAACGCGCACAUCGAGAUCGAGAUCGCGUAGCAUUGCAUCACGGUCACGGUCGCGAUCACGAUCGCCCCGCUCGCCUCACUAUACCACCGAAAAGAGUGGCUCUAGACGGACGUCUAAAAAGUCGCGCCAUCGCUCAAGGACACCGGUGAAGGUGUCUUCGUCUGCCAAAAAGAAAUCAUCACGCCACUACACAUCCCGUUCUCCUUCGCCUGAUACGCCUCAGGAGUACAAAAAGAGUUCUAGUGAUAAAAAAUACGAUCGUCGGUCUGGCAGAGAGGACAGAAGCAACGAAAAUCGGUACACCAACGGUUCCGAUCGCGAUCGUGACCGUUCGAAAGGAAUGAGCAACUCAAUGGAUCACACAAGAAACCGUGACCGGGAUAGAGACCGGAUGCGAUCCGACAGUGGCAAGGUAGGUGGUAGUGGCGGUGGAUACGAUCGGGACGAUUACCGGCGUAGCGAGAAAGAUUAUCGAGGCAAUGGGAAGCAUGAUAAGUAUGGCUCUAGUCGCCAUAGUGAUAGCAGCGGUCGGCAUCGUUCGUCCAAGCAUGAACGCGAACGAUCGCGAGAUCGUGAUCGGGAUCGCCGUCGAUAGGAACGCCAAGAGCGUGUAGGACGAUUUCGAUCAUACCACAAUCGGUACGAACUUAUGCUGCCAUGUAUGUACAAUAAGUAAUUUCAUCAUUUCGUUCUACU